UCCGGUGUUUCUGCUAGACGCACUGCGAGAACCUUGUGUGCUCGGCGUGCGCGUAUUACGAAAUCUAUGGGGAUUGCCCGCCGUCGUCGUGCCGCGCUGGUGGGAUCUCAGGCUCGUGCGUAUGUGUAAAGGACGCGACUGGUCGCGGUCACGGCGUUCCUUCCCCGUUCACGGAACGAGUAAACAUGCAUCGGACACGAUUGUCACUGUACUUUCUGGCGCUUAGCCUCCUUCCCUUGUUAAUUCGUGCCGACGAGCACAAUCACGUUUACGAGGAUGGCGAUGAAGUUGUAUUAUGGAUGAGCACCGUAGGACCAUAUCACAAUCGUCAGGAGACGUAUUCUUAUUACUCCUUACCUUUCUGCACCGGUGCUAAGAACGUCAUCAGUCACUACCACGAGACUCUCUCGGAAGCUUUGCAAGGCAUUGAAUUGAAAUUCAGUGGAUUGGAUAUUCAAUUCAAAGAGGAUAUUUCAAAAACAGAAUACUGCCAGAUAAGCUUAAAUGAAGAAAGUCAAAAGGCAUUUGUUUACGCAAUAAAGAACCAGUAUUGGUAUCAAAUGUACAUUGAUGAUUUACCAAUAUGGGGUGUCGUUGGAGAAGUAGAAAACAACGAUGGGAUUUCGGUGUCAGAUCCCUAUUACAUUUGGACACAUAAAAAGUUUGAUAUCGGAUACAACGGUAAUCAAAUAGUAGACGUUAACUUGACAAGUGAGAAUAAAGUGAAGUUGGUGCAAGGUGCACGUAUCCCGUUCAGUUAUGAGGUUAACUGGAAAGAGAGUACUACCAAAUUCGAAGACAGAUUCGAUAAAUAUCUGGAUCCUAAUUUUUUUCAGCACAGAAUACAUUGGUUCAGCAUCUUCAAUAGUUUUAUGAUGGUGAUCUUUCUCGUUGGACUCGUGUCCAUGAUAUUAAUGCGCACUUUGAGAAAGGAUUAUGCUCGAUAUAGCAGAGACGAAGAUAUGGACGACAUGGAGAGAGACUUGGGCGACGAAUACGGCUGGAAACAAGUUCAUGGAGAUGUGUUCAGGCCUGCGAGUCAUGCUAUGCUUUUCUCAGCUCUUAUAGGUGCGGGUUACCAGGUAACAGUGGUUGUGCUAAGUGUAAUUAUCUUCGCCAUCCUUGGUGAGUUGUACACAGAACGCGGAUCGAUGCUGUCAACUGCGAUAUUUAUGUAUUCCGCCACGUCGCCCAUAAACGGUUACGCAGGCGGCGGACUUUACGCGCGAAUGGGCGGGCGCGUGUGGAUCAAACAGAUGAUCCUCAGCGCUUUCAUGCUGCCGCUCAUGGUGUGCGGAACCGCCUUCUUUAUCAAUUUUAUUGCCAUGUAUUACCACGCCAGCAGAGCGAUACCUUUCGCGUCUAUGGUUGCGGUUACAUGUAUCUGCAUAUUUGUGAUAUUACCGCUGACGCUGGUAGGUACGAUUCUGGGUCGUAAUCUCGCGGGAACACCGGACGCGCCGUGUCGCGUGAACGCGGUGCCACGACCGAUACCGGAGAAGAAGUGGUUCAUGGAACCACUGGUUAUCAUAAUGCUCGGUGGAAUCUUACCCUUCGGCUCAAUCUUUAUUGAAAUGUAUUUCAUUUUUACUUCAUUCUGGGCGUACAAGAUCUAUUACGUUUACGGCUUUAUGUUGCUAGUAUUUGUUAUUCUCAUGAUAGUGACGGUGUGCGUCACUAUUGUAUGUACAUAUUUCUUGCUGAACGCUGAAGACUAUCGAUGGCAGUGGACAAGCUUUCUCGCGGCAGCUUCAACGGCCGGUUACGUUUAUAUUUAUUCCUUUUAUUAUUUCUUCUUCAAAACCAAAAUGUACGGUCUCUUCCAAACGGCAUUUUACUUCGGUUACAUGGCGUUGUUCAGCUUGGCUCUGGGUAUCAUGUGCGGCACCGUCGGGUACAUAGGCACCAACGCAUUCGUGCGAAAGAUAUAUUCCACGGUCAAAAUAGACUAAAACGAACAUCAUUGUGCAACUAAAUAAAAAAAAAAAAAAAAAAAGUAUCGUUCGCACAUCACGACGAUGCGAUCUAUUGUAUCAAUGUGCAAUGUUCAUUGCUCUCGACAAAAUUGGAGAGAACACACUGGUUCUUCAUUUUCUUCGUCCGUCUCCAUCCGAUGAAUACGUCACGUUGCAUUGGGAGUUCGCCAUUUCUUCUGUUUCUCCGUGAUGAUCGUCAUCUUCGAUUUACGUUAUAGAAGCGGCUCCCCCCGCGUCAUGUGUGUAUGAGUGUCAUUCAACGCGUUACUCUUCCAACGGUCUCCUCAACGUCGUACCAGAUAUAUAUCUUCCGUUGGGAUAUACUUGAAGAUUCUUAUCCAUCCACGUAUCGUAUACACAUUCGUUUGAUCCUUUCUUUUUCUUUCCGAGUUGCUAUUUGCUAGCGAGCAGGUAAAUAAAAGAGAGAGAUGUGCUGUAAGUGGAUCCUACUGAUACUAGUUAAGUGCGCGUAUUACGACAGUUAUUUUUGUCAAUAAUAAAAAUGUAUAAUUGUAAGUGUAUUGCGAAUUCCAUUUCGGGAGUCCGCGCGAUUGUACGAAGAGAGUUCUUCGCAGUCGCAUUUAAAUAACUUAGGACACACGUUAAUGAGAUCGCGAGAUCGCGAUGAUAUUUUACAUGUGUAAACAAACCUCCUGUUCUGUUCGGCGUAGAAAUAAUUGUGCGAUCGAACCGUCACCCACCCACACGUGCGCAACAACUUCGAGAACUUCGACCCGACUUCGAUUUGUAAAAACUCCCUCUCCCCCAGCUUAAUCAACAACAAAAAAAAAAAAAAAAAAAAAACGAUAAACGAUAUACAAAAUUUACUGUUUUUUCCUCGAUCGAUCUCUAGCGGAUAGAGAAUUUGAGAGAUAAGUUUUAGACGUAGAAGAAUGCGUCGAUGGUAAUUAAUUUAUUAAUUUUGUAGUUUUUGUAAGGCAACUUCAUCAUGAUGUGCAAGUUACGUGAGAAAUAAUAGUGAUGUCACUCUUACAAUUUUUAUGGUGUGUCAGAGGUGUUUUUUUUUUUUUACUCGGCAGGAGUUCUCAACUUAUCUUUAGACUAGAAACGUAGUUCAAAGAUAAGAAACGAAAGUCGUGGUGCAUGUGUAUCGACAAAAAAUCUUCGGUUUUUACGUUACAAUUCUUUAUACCGCGAUUGUCUAAUUCUUUCUCUUCCUCUCUCUCUAUCUCUCUCUUUCUUUAUAUAUAUAUUUUUAUACCUCUAUUUUUGUUUCGAACAAAAUUCUCACUCGCGAUUUUUGCGAUACACAUGCACGAAAUAAUCCCGCACACUAUUGCGUAUUAUUACGGUUGCUGUGUCUCUCGAAAAACGAAUAAGUUAUCAUUCUACAAACCAAAAAAAAAAAAAAAAUGGA